AUGGAAACCUAUCACGCCUAUGUCGACGCUUUCAAUGCCCAGGUCGGAAAGUCAACUUUCGGGAGGAUAUUUCGCCUCGACGGCUGUGGACAUGAGGAUGAAAUCAAGCACACUAGGUUUACUACAGAAAUUCGAGCUGGGCUCACUUCAUUCUUCACCAUGGCGUACAUCAUCGCUGUCAAUGCUACCAUUCUCUCGGACACCGGCGGAAACUGCGUAUGCAACGACACAGCCGACCCUUUGUGCUUAAAAAACAGCGAGUACCUCAUUUGCAAACAAGGCAUGAGCAAUGUCAACCGUAAUCUCAUCACAGCAACAGCAGCAGUAGCAGGCUUUAGUUCCUUCCUGUUUGGAUUCUUAACGAACAUGCCAGUAUGCCUCGCCCCAGGAAUGGGACUCAACGCAUACUUUGCUUAUCAAAUCGUGGGUUUCCAUGGAGGCGGUCUUAUCUCUUACAACCUCGCACUUACUGCCGUCUUCGUUGAGGGCCUGAUAUUCAUCUUCAUGUCCUUGAUUGGAAUGCGACAAUGGCUCGUUAAGGUGAUCCCGGUGUCGCUCAAGAUUGCCGCUGCUUGCGGCAUCGGGCUAUUCCUAGCCGAGGUGGGUCUCAGCAAUAAUGCUGGCAUUGGAGCUAUUGCGGGUUCGAGCAGUACACCACUUGACAUUGCUGGAUGUCCAAAUCAAUACAAGGAUGAGUUUGGCGCUUGUAAAAGCCACAAGAUGACAUCACCGACGAUGUGGCUUGGCAUCAUGUGCGGCGGCAUCCUGACAGCGUAUUUGAUGUCUUACAAAGUCAAGAGUGCCAUGAUACUGGCUAUUCUGCUUGUAUCUAUCAUCUCAUGGCCACGAGGAACUGAAGUGACCUUCUUCCCCGACUCCGAAAUUGGCAACGACCGAUUCAACUUUUUCAAAAAGGUGGUCAGCUUCCAGCCUAUUGAUCGUACCUUGAACGCAUUAGAUUGGAACAUAUCCGAAAAGUCUGGUCACUUCGCCCUCGCUCUCUUUACCUUUCUUUACGUCGACAUCAUUGAUUGUACCGCAACGCUCUACUCCAUGGCCCGCUUUUCUGGUGUUGUCGACUCAGAGACUGGGGACUUCCCCAGAUCAACAAUCGCUUAUUGCACAGACGCUUUCUGCAUAUCCAUCGGCGCGCUCCUUGGCUGUUCGCCUGUCACAGCUUUUAUUGAAAGUGGCGCUGGCAUCGCCGAAGGAGGAAAGACUGGUCUGACAGCAAUGACUUGUGGGCUGUGUUUUAUCAUAUCCAUGUUCUUCGCGCCCAUAUUUGCAUCCAUUCCACCAUGGGCUACCGGGUGUACUCUGAUUCUUGUUGGCUGCCUCAUGAUGCGACAGAUCACGUCGAUCAACUGGCGCUAUAUCGGCGACGCCGUCCCUGCAUUCGUAACUGUCAUGUUCAUCCCUUUUGGCUAUAGCGCCGCCUAUGGCCUAAUAGCAGGUUUAAUGGUAUACACGGCACUUAACGGGAUGAUCUACAUAACAAAGGUUAUUUCCGGCGGUUAUAUCGUCCCAGAUGAUGAAGAUCACCGGGAGUAUUGGACCAUCAAGCCUGUUGGCCGCCUCCCCUGGUUCGUCUCCGCGGGACAGACAGUUACAGAUCGCCUGCGGGGAACUCCGAGUAAAAGGGAAGAUGUCAUGCUCUCCGAACGCAGUGGAGAAACAGACUGGAAAUACCGUGAGCGUAUUGGCUCCAACGGAUCGCAUCGCGAACUCGAAGCGGUCAUUGUGCAAGCACUUCCCACGGAUCCUCGUCACGAAAAAGUAUUCGCUAAGAUGGGGGUGCAUGAAAUGAAAUGA